UUCUCUUAUCUUCUAAAAUUACGUGUUCUUCUUCUCCGUCUCAUCCCUUGCGUUUCGACCAUUCUCUCUCGGUUUCGUUUCGUCUGUCAACUGAACUCUGUCGGAUGGGGAAGAUCCCGUCAUUCAAGGAGGAAUUCACCUUCGAGCAACGGCUACAAGAAUCGCGCGAUAUCGUCGCAAAAUAUCCCAAUCGGGUUCCGGUGAUUGUGGAAAAGUUUUCAAGAACAGAUCUUCCUAACAUGGAAAAGAAAAAGUUUCUGGUACCUCGAGACGUGUCUGUUGGACAAUUCAUUCACAUCUUAAGCUGCAGGCUUCAUCUGACUCCAGGAAAAGCUCUCUUUGUAUUUGUGAAAAACACCCUACCUCAAACAGCUACUCUAAUGGACUCUGUAUAUGAAUCCUUCAAGGACGAGGAUGGAUUUCUUUACAUGUGUUACAGCAGCGAGAAAACCUUUGGCAGUGCCAGUAAUCACAUUUUAUACUGAACUUUGUACAUUCAUGUAAAAUCCUUGGAUUCUCUGGGUGACAAACUUUAAAAGCUCGGCUGGUAUUGGUGCAGAAGCAUCCGCGAGUCGUUAUUCAUUCUGUGAAUUCUACAAACAUCAGAAGUCGUUAACAAUCACUGAAUUCUUGAUGAGAACUGUGUAACUGUUAUUCGGUAUGCCAAUGAUCCGACCAUGCAAGAUGGUUAGGGUCCUUUCUUCAGUAAGGUUUAUCUGUGUUACCUUCCCAAAUUCAUCAAGGAUGAAAUAAAAAACUAGUGUGUAGCAAGCCGUAUGGUAGUGUUACAGGGAUCUAGGCUUUGCAUAGGUGUAUGUUGUGUUCGACUCAUGGUAUCAUGGAAGAAACAGAGAACACGUUUCAUACGUUAUGGUCGAAAUUGUACUAAAUUUGUCUCUUUCUUCAUCAACAAAGAGAAACAAAUUUUAUUCCAACGGCUUUAUAUUAACCUUCGAAAAAAGUGCAUAAAUACCUGGAAUCUUC